AUGGCUUCGCUCCAAAGCCGUGAGCUUGACGACAGUUGCCCUGAUGCCGCUCCCGAUCAGCUCCAAGAGCUCAGACACGAUGGCUCGGUUCUCGCCCUGGCCGUAUCCGACAAGUACAUUUUCGCUGGCACCAGCAAGGGGGAGAUUGCCGUAUGGUCGCUAGGCACCUUCCAGCCAGUGCAGACAAUACAAGCCCACAAGCGCAGCGUGCUCUGCCUGCUGUUAGCUGACGACUUCAAGUACCUGUUCUCGACAGCCUGCGAGCCCAUCAUCAAUGUCUGGUGCCCCCGAACGUUUACACGCCUCUACGAGAUCUACAGCACAUACGAUGUCGGUGAUGUGUUCAGUGUCGCAUAUUCGCCACAACGAGAAAUCGUAUACGUUGGCACACAAACACAGGACAUCCAGUGGAUCAGCCUGAAGGACCCAGAGCGAAAGUCCUCCCACGAAUCGGCCCACCAUCCCGAUCGACGACAACAUAGAUUCUUUGACUCCCGCGCGGUUGGCGGGACAUCAACACCUCGACGGACCGAGGAAUUUUAUGCCUUAAUACCCAAGGCCGAACAGGUGCUAGAGAUUGACUCGGGUGCGAUUCGACAGUAUGCGCACUACGGCUGGGUGUUCUGCAUGCUGGUGGCCAAGGGCCCAACGGUUCUGGUCGAUUCGGAUGAAGAGGUCUUGAUAUCGGGUGGAGGCGACGGGACCAUCAAGCUGUGGAAGUUGUGUGAUACCGGGCCGGACUACGAGGACGGUAAUGUUGUUACAGGCGACAUUGAGGAAUUGAUGGUUCUCGGCGAGGAUGAUAGUGAGUCCGUCAUGUCGCUUGCCAUUGAUGGGUCCUUCUUGUACGCCGGCAAGCUGGGCGGUAUCAUCGAGCUAUGGGAUCUGGACACGAAGCAGAAGUUGAGGGUCAUCAAGGCCCAUGACGGGAACGUCAAUGUUCUCAAGAUGAGCUUUGGGCUUCUCUGGAGUGGAGGAACUGGUGGUUCUGCCUCGAAACACAGCACAGUUCAUUAUGGUAGAGACACCAACGGUGCGGCGCAGAACAUUAGUCAAAAGUACCAGUGCCUGAGUCGAUGGAAGGCUCACGACGCCAAGAUCCUGUCUUCUGCCACAGUCGUUCACAACAGCGAUCAGCUAUUCCUCACUGGUGCCAAUGACAACACGGUCCGUGUUUGGCGUGUUAACGGCAUGCCAUCCCAGACCGAGGACGGCACAGGGCCAGCUGAGGAUAUGAUGAUCCAAUCGCUGCGGGAGUUCAUCUCUUACAAGACUGUCUCGUCCCGGCCUGAAUUCACCGAGGACUGCCGCAAAGGUGCCACCUUCCUCGGGUCUCUGUUCAAGCGACUGGGCGCUCAAGUGGAAAUGCUCAGCACCGGCUCCUUGCACAAUCCCGUGGUGUACGCCAAGUUCAGCGGCAAGCUGGAACCAGCGGAGAAGCGCAAGAGGAUUCUGUUCUACGGUCACUACGAUGUUGUCCCUGCGGAUAUGAAGGGGGACAACUGGCAGACUGAUCCGUUCAAAUUGUCUGGGCGAGAUGGCUAUCUCUAUGGACGCGGUGUGAGCGACAACAAGGGACCCAUUAUUGCUGCCCUGUAUGCCGUCUCGGACCUGCUGCAAGAGAAGGCUCUCGACUCGGACAUCAUCUUCGUCAUCGAGGGUGAGGAAGAAUCCGGUUCGCGAGGAUUUGCUGAAGCCAUCCAUGACAACAAGGAACUCAUCGGGCAUAUCGACUACGUCCUGUUGGCAAACAGUUACUGGUUAGACGACGAGGUUCCCUGCCUGACAUAUGGCCUUCGUGGUGUACUUCAUGCUACCGUCUGCAUUGACUCCAAGCACCCUGAUCUCCACUCUGGUGUUGAUGGCAGCAAUAUGUUGUCGGAGCCGCUGACCGAUUUGACGCUGCUUGUCAGCAAACUCAAGGACCGCAAGAACCACGUCAACAUUCCAGGUUUCUACGACGGCAUUCUUCCCCUGACCAAGGAGGAGGACCUUCGGUAUGAUGACAUUGCCAACAUCCUCAUCCGACGGAAUCCAGCAAACGGCCCUAUUGAAGCUCUCAAGCGCAGUCUCAUGGCGAGAUGGCGCGAGCCCAACCUGACAAUCCACAGAUAUAACGUAUCUGGACCAGACGGCAGCUUAAUCAGCAGCCACGCCACGGCCAAUGUCAGUAUCAGACUGGUCCCCGGCCAGGAGGUGGACGAGGUGAUCAAGAACCUCAAGUCAUUCCUCAGGGAAGAGUACGAGCAAUUCGAGAGUGACAAUACCCUCACCAUCAGGAUCGACAACAAGGCCGAGCCAUGGCUUGGUGUGCCUGGAAACUACAUCUUCCGAACCCUGGAAGAGGCAGUCAUGAGGGCCUGGGGGCCAACGGCAUCCGAAGACAGCAACAACGGUGUCUCUGUCGCGUUGCCACCCAAUGGAACCAACGACGAAACUGCGCCAAAGACACGGAAGCCUCUGUAUAUUCGUGAGGGUGGUUCUAUCCCACCGAUUCGGUUCUUGGAGAAGGAGUUUAACGCUCCGGCGGCUCAUUUGCCCUGUGGUCAAGCGAGUGACGCGGCACAUUUGGAUAACGAGAGGUUGAGGGUGGUGAAUUUACAAAAGAGCAGAGAGAUCUUUAGCACCGUGUUCCGCAAGUUGUAG